AUGUCUCCCACCACGAAGAAUACCAACAUCAUCAGCACAGAAGCUCCUGACGAGCCACUGACUGACGAUGAGUCUUCUAACUCUCAUGUCGAUACUGACUCUGCCGGAGAUAUCACCGCCGAUGUCUUGAAGCGCAGGCGUCUUCAGAAGGCUCAGCCUUGGAAAGCCAGCUACCGUCCCCACGAGGCUGAUAUGCCGAAAACCUCGAGCAUUCUCGAUGUUCCCUGGUACAACAUCGACACCACUCCUGAAGCCUACGAUACAAACUCUGGUUCCUAA